AUGGAGCGAAGUGAGUCCGCGUCUUUUUCUCAAUUCUCGCAUAGUCAGAUUCAAAAGGCAAGGGAUGCAUUCCAAUUUAUUGAUGAAGACGGAGACGGUAAGAUCUCUGAGACGGAUCUGAUGAAGAUGUACUCCAACUUGGGUAAAACCAAAAUGGAAGGACAAAUCAAGGAGAUGCUAGCCGCGGAAAAAGAUGGAGAGCUCACCUUUCCCGAGUUUCUGACGUUAAUGGGCGACAGGUUAGGCGAAUUUCCAGAAGAGCAAGAAAUGUCAGAUGCAUUACGUGUGUUUGCCCUGGAUUCAAGCCAUGACCUGAAUAUUGAUGUGGGAGAAAUGAAGGAGUACCUGAGAGAUGCAGGCUUCGAGGAUAUUGAUGCUCUAGACGGUAUUUUGAAGCAGUUCUGUACCACUCAGUUAUCCGGGGAACGAAUUUUCAAAGGCAGGAAGUUUUUGGAAACUGUGGAGUGA